UUUUACUACAUUUCCCAUAAUGCAUAGGAGGACGUAACAUGGGAAGCACCGCCGUUACUCUGGCAACGAUCCCUGCAGUUUCUUAUGUAGCUUAGCUUGUCAGCGUAAAAUAUCCAGUUUAAUGGCAAAACUAACCUCAGACACGAUAUGGGAGCUAGCUGCUUCGGAGGUCCUGAGUCGCGAGAACGGAGCACCGGAGGAGGACGGGGCAGACACGGUGUGCGAGAGGAGCGUGUUUCUGAUGGGGAGCAAGGCUGGGGGUAAAACAUCUAUUCUUCUCAGGUGUCUUGACAGGGAUGAACCACCUAAGCCAACUCUGGCGCUGGAGUACACGUUUGGAAGACGGGCUCGGGGACACAACACACUCAAAGACGUAGCCCACCUAUGGGAGCUGGGGGGAGGAACUUCUUUGUCAGACCUGAUCCAGAUACCCAUCACACCUGCCGCUCUAAGGUUUCUCUCAGUCAUCCUGAUCCUGGACCUGUCUAAACCCAACACUCUGUGGGCAACCAUGGAGAAGCUGCUGCACGCAGCACAAGCUCAUUUUGAAAAAAUGUCUUCCCAAGCACAGAAAUCCAAAUCUGGGGCCAAAUACCAGAAUCCUGUUCACUCAACUGCUCGGGUUUUACCUAAAGACUACCCCGACAGAGAGCUGAUCAGUCCUUUUCCCGUCCCACUGCUCAUCGUCGGCAGCAAAUACGACCUCUUCCAGGAAUUUCACUCGGAUAAGAAGAAAGUGAUCAGCAAAACUCUGCGUUUUGUUGCCCACUAUUACGCAGCUUCCCUGAUUUUCACGAGCAUUAAAUCAGAGAGCCUCAUGUCAAAAACGAAGAGCUUCUUCUCUCAUCUGGCGUUUGGCCUGGAGAAAGGCAAGACUAUGUGCUGUGAUCCUGGUAAACCUACCAUCAUUCCAGCAGGCUCCGACUCUUUCAGCCAGAUAGGCUCCCCUCCUCUGACUGAUGUAGACAUAACGUCUCUUCAUGCAAAAAACCCAAAGGAUCUGUGGAAGAAAGUGUUUGAACGAGUCUUUCCCAACGAGAGUGCCAGUGAGCAAAGGGAGCUAAAGGAUCCAGCAAAAGAUCCACAGUACAGUGAGCCUCAGAUAGAUGCCAUGAGAGCACAAAAAGACCAGGAGUUGGAGCAGUAUAAAAGGAACGCAACAAAAUCAUGGAAAGGACUGGAACUGGAGACAUAGAGACAACUUUAUUAUACACACACACACACACACACACACACACACACACACACACACACACACACAC